UAGAAAGUGACAACGUGACUCGCGUGAUUGUUCCUUGCCUGGCCUAGUUAAGUCUAAUCUACAAUGUGCCUUCUGCGCCUAGGAACAUUCUAUUUUAUAUAAACAGAUGAAAACGCUCAACAAAUUUGUCAACAAUACGCAGAGAGCACAUUGUAGAUUAGGCUUUAUGGUCGAUUCUGGCGAUCGUGGCGAAAGGCAGAGUCAUUGGGCGUCUGGAAGGUGGUCAGGCAUCGCGGAUCCUAAAUGUCCCGAUGAGCAUCAUAUAUCCGAGAGCUGUGGCUCUCCUGGGCAACGCUUUGAAAGUGGACGUUCUAAAAAAAGUCAAUACGCCCCGGCAGAAAAUAAUUCAAAAGAUUUUAGAUGCCGGCGAAUAUUAUUUUUCUUCCUCCGUAGCAGAAAUGUCCAUCCACGAUCUGCGCCAAGACCUGCCCUCAAAAUCGAAUUCUUGUGGUCUUGUAAAAUUAGCAACCUGUUAAAUCGGUUUUUCUUAACUUUCUUUCGUUACUACUAUUUAUUAAUAUCAUUUCGCAUUCUUUAUAGACAAUUGAGUUCGACGUGAUCGUUUUUCAUUCUUUCUCUGCGUGCGCACAGUUAUCGAAUUAAAUAUGUGUGAUACAACAAAAUUUAUUAUAACAUUUUAGUUCUUAUUAAUAAUUUAUAUUAUAAAUUCGUGUAUAAAAUACUCAAAGGGCAGAAAAAGACUUAGGCCCGUACACCGAACCCUAAUUUAUCAAUAAAGGCGCCUCUAACAGUGGCUUGUAGCCAAUCAGGUUUAUUAGCCACUUUGAGAGACGCUUUUAUCGAUAAAAGAGGUUUGAAAAUACAGGCCUUAAUCAUCUUCAAAUGACUGAUUUUAAACCUUGAACCUUAGGAUGUCACGACUUCACAGAAUAAAUUCUUGUCCAUUUUUUUACUUUUGUACAAUCAGAAAGCAAACAUUGAGAUAAAUAAAAUAAUAUAGAAACUUAUGAAAAUAUAAUGGAUGGAAUUUUAUUUAAAGGCUUUAUUUCCGUAUUUUUUUAUUCAAUCAUCAUAUAAUAGAAAGGUGUUUACACUGUUAGCUAUUAGCUCUCAACAAAAUUUGUAGAUAUUUCCAUUCAAUGUAUAUUCUUCUGAGAUCACUAUAAUAUAUAACGAUUCCAUAGACAUGUAAGCUGCCUUUACAUUAUGAUUUUACAUACAUUUCUGUUCCGAAGAAUUACUUACUUUUGAACUAAUUUUAAGCAAUUAAUCGAACUAUUAGAAUAAAUAAAAGAUUCGGUUAAUUUUUAUUACGAGUAUUUAUAUCUUUAUUUAUUAAAUAAUU